GGAUCGAAGCUGGUGAACACAAACCGCUGUUUGUUGCAUGGAGUCCUGCAUUCCAAUGGUUUUGGGCAUCUGCUUCUCAUCAAUGGCUUUGAAGGUGGUUCUCAUUUCCUUUCCGGUCAUCGGAUUAUGGAUUUGUGGGACAGGAUAUGCACAGCAUUGCAAGUCAGGAAGAUAAGCGUAAUCGAUGCAUCAACGAAGGGUAAAAUGGAGCUCAGAUUGGUCCAUGGUGUAGCCUAUGGUGAGCCGUGGUUCGGUCGAUGGGGAUACAGGUUUGGUCAUGGAAGCUAUGGAGUCACUGAACAGAUGUAUCAACGCUCUGUGGAUGCCCUCCACGCCCUUUCUCUCCGUCUUCUGCUUCCUCAUCUCGCUUGCUUCGGUCGUGAAAUCCCAGUUAUCGUCGGCAAGUAUCAGUCGCUCUGCAACCAAGUGCUGCUCACCUUAGGUGACCUGUUCCGCUUCAUGAUCGAGUUGAAGACGCGCCUUCCGCCCAACUCCAUGGAUUACCAUGGAGCCAUCACUGAAGCGUCGUGCAGGUGGUCGACGAAAAGGGUGGAGAUGGCGGCUCGAGUAAUCGUGGAGCAGCUCAAGAACUCCGAGCUGAGGUGGGUCACGAGGCAGGAGAUCAGAGACGCUGCGAGGGCACACAUCGGCGACACGGGAUUGCUGGACUACGUCCUGAAAACGCUGGGAAAUCACAUUGUUGGCAACUACGUCGUUCGUCGCACCGUGAAUCCGAUCACCAAAGUGCUGGAGUACUGCUUGGAGGACAUAUCCAAUGUGUUCACUGGCCAUGACAACUUAGCUUCAGGUAACCAUUCCAAGUCGAGGAUCAGGUUGCAGCUCACCAGGACGCAGCUGAUGAGAGACAUGUUCUACCUGUAUAAGAACAUCCUGAAGGAGCCGAGCUCAGCAGCAGCCACCGGCAUGCUCGAUGCAAUUCCGGUAGCAGUAAGGAUGGUCAUGGACACUAAGCAAUUGGUCAAGGAGUAUCAACAGGGACCGCCACCUGAGAAGGCCGAAGGUAGCCAUGGGUACUUGAAGCUUUCGUGCAGCAUCCGCAUGAAUGGAGCCGAUGUGGAGAGAACGCCACCACAUGAAACCGUGAUUGUUCCUGCUCACGCGACUAUCGGCGAGCUGAAGAGGGAGGUGGGGAGACACUUCAGGGCGGUGUACUGGGGACUGAAGAGCUUCGUUGCAGACUCCAUCGUCGGUGUCAGGUGCAGGGACUCGGACUUGGUCCAUGAACUGAUGCAAUCAGGAAGCAGCAUCGUGGUAGAGGGGAGGAUGGAGGGGGAUGACGGAGAGGAGAUUUACGAGGGUGGAAACGGUGGUAAUAAGAUCGUGGAUUGCCUGUGUGGUGGAAAGGAGGAGGACGGAGAGCCGAUGAUCUUCUGCGACAUCUGUGAGGUUUGGCAGCACACACGCUGUGUGGGGAUUCCGGACAAGGAUGACAUCCCUCCGGUCUUCCUCUGUGGUCGAUGCGAGAACGACAUGCUUGCCUUGAGGAAUUUGGCAUGACAUGCAAACAUGUAUCGUUAAUC